AUGGACGACCGAAGAGAUAACAUAGGUGGAGGAGGUCCCUACUUUGGGCCACUCCCAGAUCCGUUGCCACCGAGCCCGGCCCAGCCUCGCCGUAAGCCUCGCCGACAAGCACCACAGGCGGCAGUGAAUCAAUUUUGGAGCCGCUUGAACUCCCGCUAUCCAGGCAAAGUAUUUACGCUGUUGCCCAAUAAUCCCUAUGCUCGCAAGAAGGCCCAAAAGACCCCUCAUGGGACAGUCACCGGCCAGCGUGCGGCCAGAUCCUAUGAAGAGGCUAGAGCUGAAUGCGAACGAGAUGUCGACAGGAUCAUCAAGGAGUGCAAGCGCUUAAACACGAAAUACCGUGAUACACACUUCGAUAUCGAAUGGGAUCUCAAAUCAGGCCAGAGGAACUGUCUUGACGGCCUAAGCGUUCCAGGAGAUGCAAUGAAGCCGAAGGGUGUCAAACGGGUGACGGAUAUCUUCGACAACCCACAGUUCUACAUCAACGGCCCUACUGCCGGCGAUGUCAGGCAGGGCCGAGAUGGAGAUUGCUAUCUGAUGGCGGCUCUCUGUGGCUUGGGCAACAUGGAGGGUCUGAUCGACAAAAUCUGUGUGAAGCAUGACCAGAAGAUUGGGGUCUAUGGCUUUGUCUUCUUCCGAGACGGUGAAUGGCAGCACACUAUCAUCGACGAUAAGCUGUAUUUACGGGCCCCUGAUUACGCAGAGGCCCAGGAUGAACGUGUUGUCUGGGACGACAUCAACCGUGCUGAUGCUGAAGAGGAAUAUCGAAAGGUCCACCAGACGGGCUCGAGGGCCUUGUACUUCGCACAGUGCAGUGAUGAGAAUGAGACAUGGCUGCCUUUGCUGGAGAAAGCCUAUGCCAAAGCUCAUGGUGACUUUCAAUCAAUUGAUGGAGGGUUCACCGGUGAAGCUAUCGAGGAUUUGACUGGCGGUGUCACCACCGAAAUAUACAGCACAGACAUACUGGACAAAGACGCCUUUUGGGAGAAUGAACUGAUGAGGGUGGGUAAGGAAUUUCUUUUUGGCUGUGCCACUGGAUUUUAUUCAAAUUGGCUGAAUACAAGCGGUGAACCACGGGAGCGUGAUGGUAUUGCUGAAGGUCAUGCAUACAGCAUCAUGGAUGCGAAAGAGGUCAAGGGCCAUCGGCUACUAAAAGUUCGUAAUCCAUGGGGCAGGAAAGAGUGGACGGGGAAGUGGAGUGAUGGUAGUUCUGAAUGGACUCCCGAGUGGAUGCAGUUGCUGGACCACAAAUUUGGCAAUGACGGGAUCUUCUGGAUCAGUUACGAAGACCUGUUGAAGAACUAUCAACAUUUCGAUCGCACGCGGAUCUUUGGUCCAGAGUGGAAUGUCACGCAAUGUUGGACGAAUGUCAACGUUUCGUGGGCGGCCAAGUACCACAGCACAAAGUUCUCCAUCGCGUUGGCAGAGAAAACAAAGGUCGUCAUUGUCCUUGCACAGCUCGAUGAUACCUAUUUCACUGGGCUGGAGGGCGGAUAUGGAUAUGAUCUGCAAUUCCGUCUCGAGUCCGAUGCAAAAGAAGACGAACACGAUUACAUCGUGCGUUCGAAUGGUAACUACGCAAUGGCUCGCUCCGUCAGCACGGAUAUCGAACUGGAGGCAGGCACUUACUCUGUCCUUAUGAAGAUUACAGCCACAAGAAACACCGACAAGGACCAUCUGGAAGAUGUGCUUCCCAUGUAUGUGGCAACGAGGCGCGAGAAGCUCAUACAAAUGGGACUAUCCUACGAUCUUGCCCAUGCUAAAGGUGUCAUCGUAGAGACCGAGGCUGAGAGGCAGCAGCGAAAGACCAAGGAGAAGGUGAGAAGAGCAAAGGAUCGAGAAAAGCUGAAGGCGCAAAUGAAAGCAGACGCUCUGAAGCAUUGGAAAAAGGGCAAAGAGAGACAUGCACGAGACAAACAGAGACUACAGAGGAAAGAACGUUCGGAAGCUGCACGCCGUGGCGGAUGUUUUGUCGACAGACCCCUGGGGAAAGAUGCAGAUGACAGGAUCGCUAGCGGUUCCGCCCGAUUUGGGUCUCUGGAUGUGCAGGAAUCAGACAGUCCAAAGCAGGAGGGUGUUCAAAGUGGCAGAUCUAAUGGGCAAGAGGAUGUCCUCAAGAUCAAAUCUUUCAGUGGGGAAGACAUCAUUGUCGAGAGUAAGAAUGCUGGGCCAAUUGAGAAGCAAGAAGAGAAAGCUCAGCGACCCUCCGACGCUCAACCAAUAUCGAAAGUUGCUUCAGAUGCAUCGACUGAUAGAAUUGUUGAACCAUUAGAAGACGUCGUCAAGCGGGCAGAGGCUGAGACAGCAGCAAAUAAAGACUUGAGCAAGCCUCUCGACACCAACACUUCAGAGGUGACUGAAGAGAAUAAGGUUUCGAAUCAGGACCAACCGCCGGAGGAAAAGCCGGCCACACCUAUUAUACAGGUAAACGGUAUUGAUGCAAUCACGGAUGUCAGACCACUUCCAAACUUUCCCCCUCUAUCCCAGCCUGAGGACCAUUUACCACCUACGGGUGGUAAGAGUGAGGAGAUCAAAGAGCCAGACCCUUCUCACACGCCUCGAAGAAGCGACACCCGCGGCACGACCGCGGCAAUGGUUGGCAUCGGCGCCGCUACCGAUGCCAACGACGUUGACCCGGCUAGCAACAUCGAGCCAGACUUGGGUCCCUUCAACAGCGAUCAACAAGACAUCUCGGAUGCCGAUUCCUUCCCUCCGUUCGAUUGGAACACCGAUCUAGAUAUGCCUUCGGAGUCCGACUUCUCGUCCACAUCCUCCGCCAACCCUCGCCGGCGCCGCGGUCGGUAUGCGCUAGGCGCUCGAGGAAGACGCAGUCCCGGCGCUGGGAGACCUCCCAUGGGCGACCCUAUCGACAGCCCACCUCCAGGGCUGGUUGAGAUAGACACCGGCUUCGGACAGGACGGCGACGGACCAGGCGAACCGUGGAACGCCGUCUGCGUCGUCGGCCUACGCGUGUACUCCACGCUGGGCGGCGAUGGGGUCAAACUCCGUGUCGUGAGACCCAAGAAUGCACUUCUAGAAGACAGCGAUGGCGGUAGCGAUGCUGAUGUUGACGCUGACGACGACAACGACGACCAGGACAAAGCAGAUGAGAAUCUCAUCACUUUACCGAAUGGUAGAAGGCCCAUCCAGGACGCGAAGCAAGACGAGGACACGGCGAUUGACUUGGAUCCAGACGAUAUGGCCAGGGGCGCCGUGGCCGCCGCGGAUGCUCGAGGGUGUCAGAACGGAGUAUUCGAAUCCGAGAGGACACCCACCACAAGAAGCCCGGCUGUCCGCGUUGGGAGUGGCGGCGACGGCGCCGGUAGAAAAGGCCAGAGAAGGCCCCCUUAG